GCUCAUCCUUUCUCGAUCGUCGACCAGGUCAGCCGAUGGCCCGCUACACUGUCAACUGCGUAUCUGUAAUGGUGAGAACGAGGCGAGAGCGAGAUAUUUCUGCUCGGGUCGAUGCUGAACGGACUAUUCUUGUAACGCGCCUUGUCAAUGGCACUGCAAUGGCAAAUUUACAAGGCUGGUCUGAAUGCUGUUUGCUCAAGGGCCUUCAGGAGGCUUUGCAGGGGAGAUCCGGCGAUGAGUUCGGUAUCGUCAAG